GCAGCCAUGUUGCCGCGAGCUUGUUCCGGUAUCAGGGCAGGAUCGUGCGCAUAGACUGCAGCUCCUCGCCUUUCUCUCUCCCCCCCCUCCUCCCCCGUCGCCCGCGAUACGCACCUCCCGAAGAGAAAGCCCCUCUUUACCGAUAAUGGAUUUUACAACUUGAUGAUUCCUGCUUCGGUCGGCCGCUCGCUGGGAUUGUGAUCGGCGCAGCGACAGGACGGACUCCGGUAGAUCGCCACACUGCAGUGCAGCACUGGUGAACGACCUUAUUCCAAUCACGCAACACAAGGAAGAGCGCCGGUGAUUUCCGUGGAUUCGGAGUUUUGUGGGUCGCCCUGUGGCAGUCGCUGCCGCUGCGGUCGCUGGGGAUAAGCCUCGAAAGGAACGCCGAAUUAGCUAGCUACAUGGGCUAAAAAAAUAAAUAAAAGAAGAAAAAAAAAUCGAGCGGCCAGUGAUCCAAUUCGUGUUUCCCACCUGCCAUGCGACCAUUUUUCUCGCUGCUGCUACUAUUUUUCGGAUACCCUACCCCGGAUAUCUGCCUGGGAAUAUUUUGACCUGUUUUGUGUGAGUUGGGAAGGUCGAGACCUCGCCGGGAAUAACUUUGGCCUGAAAGUUUGGAGAGCCCCGGGCUGCUUUCCGAGCUGAAAGAAACCUCUGUGCCACAGAGAGAGAAUAGACACACGACGACACUGCGUUAUGAAAACAACGCCGAGGAAACAUUUGUUGUAGAAAAAAAAAAGGAAAAAAAAAAUUACGUCUUCCCCGGAUUUUACUUAGCAGCCUUACAGGUUAGCAUGCUAGCUUCCUAAUUGAACCUCGUCAAUACAACCAACUUUUCUUCAAGCUAGCACAGGCAGCUAGCUGCUCCAAACCCCACGGUCCAGCGUCUGUUCCACAUCUUGCUGCCCAACGUCGACGCCGUUUGAUGCUUAUUGUGAACUGAAUGUAUUCGGAAGGAAACAUUUCUCUUCUCCUGCUUUGUGCUUGUUGACAAACAUGGGAAGUGCGGUCGCUGCUAGCUAGUUUCUAGCUAGCUGGCUAUCCGGGGUUAGCCGCCGAUGUGGGAUUCAACUUGUUGAUUCACGGGCUAUUUGUCGCUCUGCUAGCUGGCUAGCACUGGACAUCUGUUGGAAAUCUCCCUCUCCCAUCAUCUGCACAAGUUUUAAAUGUUCAAGGGACACUGACGAGUCGAUUCGUCGUUCAUUAUCCCUUUUGUGCGACUCCCAAGUCUUUCAAAAAUGUCAACAAGGACCCCCCUGGGGCAAGUCAUUGAAAACUCGACCGGGCAGGAGCCCAAGUCGUCGUCCGGCCGUUCCAGCAUGUCGCGGUGUCGAAACUCCGUCGCCACGACCACAUCGGACGACCAGCCGCACAUCGGUAACUACCGGUUACUGAAAACCAUCGGCAAGGGCAACUUCGCCAAGGUCAAACUGGCACGACACGUCCUCACCGGGAAAGAGGUGGCUGUAAAGAUCAUAGAUAAGACGCAGCUCAACUCUUCCAGUUUGCAGAAGCUCUUUCGAGAGGUGAGGAUCAUGAAGAUGUUGAAUCAUCCCAACAUAGUCAAGCUCUUUGAGGUGAUAGAAACAGAGAAGACUUUGUACCUGGUAAUGGAGUACGCCAGUGGAGGAGAGGUCUUUGAUUACCUGGUGGCCCACGGUAGGAUGAAGGAGAAAGAAGCCCGUGCCAAAUUCAGACAGAUUGUGUCAGCAGUGCAGUAUUGCCAUCAGAAGUGUAUAGUACACAGAGACCUCAAGGCGGAGAACCUGCUGCUGGACGCAGACAUGAACAUCAAGAUCGCGGACUUCGGCUUCAGCAACGAGUUUACACUGGGGAACAAGCUGGACACUUUCUGCGGCUCCCCGCCCUACGCCGCCCCGGAGCUCUUCCAGGGCAAGAAGUACGACGGGCCCGAGGUGGACGUCUGGAGCCUGGGAGUGAUCCUCUACACACUGGUCAGCGGCUCGCUGCCCUUCGAUGGACAAAACCUCAAGGAGCUGAGAGAGCGCGUGCUGCGCGGCAAAUACAGGAUUCCUUUCUAUAUGUCCACCGACUGCGAGAACUUGCUGAAAAAGUUCCUCAUCCUGAACCCUUCCAAAAGAGGCAGCCUGGAGCAGCAGAUCAUGAGGGACCGGUGGAUGAAUGUAGGCUACGAGGAGGAAGAACUGAAACCGUACAUCGAACCGCAGCCAGAUUACAAGGACCCCAGGAGGACAGACAUCAUGCUGCAGAUGGGAUUCUCUCAGACGGAGAUCCAGGACUCGCUGGUGAACCAGAAGUAUAACGAUGUGAUGGCUACAUAUCUGCUUCUGGACUAUAGGAACUCUGAGCUGGACGAAGGUUGCAUCAAACCCCGGCCAGGAAGUGAUGUAAGCAACAUAAAUGCCCCCUCCCCGCCUCACAAGGUACACCGCAGUGUGUCGUCCAACCAGAAGCCUCAGAACCGCAGAGCCACUGACCAGGGCUCCUCCUACUCCAAGAGGGCAGACAACCGGUCCGCAGCGGAGGAUUCCGGGAGGAAGAGUUCGUCGAGCAGCUCGACCACCAAGGUGCCGGCCAGCCCCCUGGUCCCGUCAGACCGCAAGAAGAGCGCCACGCCCUCCACCAAUAGCGUCCUGUCCGUUGGCACCAGUCGCAGUCGGAACUCCCCUAUGACUGAGAGGGCGAAGCAGGGCCAGGGCAUCCAGAACGGCAAGGACAGCCUAAACACUCCGGGCUCCCGCGCCUCCACUGCCUCGGCCACUGCUGUCUUGUCCCACUCCUCCUCCUCCUCCUCCUCGCGCUCCCGCCAUCAAAAGUCCUUCUCCUCCUCCAACCAUCCAUGCCCCUCUGACGUGCACGCAGCACGGCCCAGUGGGCAACAGUGGGCGCCCGGCGCCUCCCCGUCGGCCAACAACAUCACCGCCGUGUCGGACCGUCCCAACUUCAACAGAGGGGUGGGCGUCCGCAGCACGUUCCACGCCGGCCAGCAGCGGGGCGCCUACGACCAGCAGGGCUCCGCCUACCCCGGCGGGCCCGCCUCCCCGUCGCUGUCGCACGGCAACAGCCAGGCCCGGAGGCCCGGCGCCACGGGGAUCUUCAGCAAGUUCACGUCCAAGUUCGUACGCAAAAAUCUCUCGUUCAGGUUUCCGAGAAGGAGUCCGUAUGAGGGAGAGGGUCAGGAUGAGGGGAGCAGGUCUGUGCUGAGCGGCACGGCCGACAAGUCGGAGAAGACGUCUGGCGGCGUCCUGUCCUCCUCUUCCAACAACGACGAGAACAACUCCUCGCCCGGGUCUGGGAACACCGGUGGCACCGGCACCCCCCCGGCCAUCGCCAGCCAGAAGGACUCGGCCAAGCCGCGCUCGCUGCGCUUCACCUGGUCCAUGAAGACCACGUCGUCCAUGGAGCCCAUGGAGAUGAUGCGCGAGAUCCGCAAGGUGCUCGACUCCAACAGCUGCGAGUACGAGGUGCGCGAGCGCUACAUGCUGCUGUGCAUGUCGGGCAUGCCGGCGCAGGAAGACUUCGUGCAGUGGGAGAUGGAGGUGUGCAAGCUGCCGCGGCUCUCGCUCAACGGCGUGCGCUUCAAGCGGAUCUCGGGCCCGUCCAUCGCCUUCAAGAACAUUGCCUCAAAGAUCGCCAACGAUCUCAAACUGUGAGGAGCCCGGGCGGAGAGCGACGCCGAGGCGGGAGGGUGAGAGCGAGGAGGAUGAUGCUGUAGGUGGGAGGGCGGCAGGGGGGGGGGGUCAGGAGGUAAGCUAAAGGGUGGGAUCACUUUGAAAAUAACACGAUUGUCGCCUGGACAGCGGUCUGGCGUCGGGCCGCCACUUCUCCCAGACUAGAAAAUCCUUCUUUUUUUUUUUUUCUAGACGUUCUGUUCCACAUGUUGGGGAGGCGCCGCCUCUAGAGACUCUUGAGUUGUGAAGUACUCGCGGACCGCGGUCCUCUCCGGACCUUUGCCGGGAUUUUUUUCUGUCACGUUCUCCUUAGACGUUCCACUCUUCUGCAUGUCCGAUCUUCUCUCUCUCUCUCUGUUUCCUAGGAGUCACACCUCGAUCACUCUGAACCACUCCUGUCAUUUCUUCCUGCUAUUUAUUCAGUUCCUCUGCACGCUUCUUCUUGCCCAGCUCUGUUUGUGGGGAGGCGGGGGUCUGUCGAUAGGGGGGUGGGAGGGGGAGGGGGGGGGACGGAGCGGCGCCGAAAUCGGAGAUCUCUCCGCCGACGAUUGACGGGGAAAGUCGAGGUCGGGUGUGGGAACUCACAGGAGCGUCAGGUUUGAAUUCUGUUCCGAUUUCGCCUCCAAACCUGAGCGAACUCCGACUGACUGAGCCCGGACAGCCGUCACACACACACACACACACACACUCACACACACACACUCACACACACACACACUUCAGACUGAACUCCUCAGCACAAACACAUCCAUCUCCUCACUCCUCGUUCCUGACGUUCAGUUUUUUUCUCUCACAUCUCAUCCGAGGAGGCUUGACGAGCUCAUCUGUCCUGCGGACUACAACUUAAAUCUCCCCCCCCCCCCUCCAUUUUUUUUUCUUUUUUUUUUUAAAUUAGUUCUUCUUUUAUGGCUUUUAAAAAGAGUUGUGCACUGGAACAAGAGCGGCGUACUGGAGAGCCGGGGACUGUCGGUGGAUUUCAUGUUGCCUUUCUCUGAAGAUUUAAAGGUUGGUUGUUUUCGUCGGCACGGAUGAUUUUUUUUUUUUUCUUUCUUCUUCGUUCUGUUUUCUUAAAAUGUUGGUAUCACUUGGUUGGCGUCACGCCUUCAUAUCCAGAAUGUCAACCCUGAACCGACGCCUUCCCCUCCCCGACUCCCUCACAGCUUCCCAAAGAGCAGACACACAGACACAAGGUCUUGUAACAAACCGUAUGUGUGUGUGUGAGUGUGUGUGAGAGUAUAUUAUUAAAAAAAAAAAGAUCACUGGAGAGAGAAAGAAAAAAGUGACAAAAAAAAAACAAAAAUUGAUGACGGAUGGUGAUUUAUUUUCUUCUACUUUUGAUUUGAUAAUAUAUUUUUGUGUCGUUGAAAACAGAUUUCGGGGGGGUUUGUACAGAUCUGGACUCAGCAGGAGGGAGGGGGAGGCGUCGGUCGGUCGGUGUGUGUGUGUGUGUGUGUGUUUGUGUGUGUGUGUGUGUGGGGAGGGGUGGAGGUGACGUCGGAUCAUAUCAUCGCUGCCUUCUUCAGUCUAGUGCACCUUUACCACCCCCGCCCCCUCCCCUCCUCCCCCUCCAGGCCAGGACUUGUCCGUGUAUUUAACGAUGCUGAUGGUGGCGGUGACGACUACUGCUCGUUCCUUCUUUCUUUCGAAACAGUCGAGGCCUUGUCGGUCCAGAACGGCUCCACGCAGCGAGAGAAAAAAGCAGGAAAAGGCUUCUUCUUCUAAUUUCACACGCAGUCCAGAAGCAGAGGAGGCCGCCUCCUCCUCUUCUCUCUCUCUUUCUGAGAGGAAAACAGACAGACGGGGGAGGGCGGGGGUCGCAGAGAGGCUGGUUCUGCCUAACUUAACACUUUAGUUUUUUUUUUUUUUCUCUCACGAUGACACACUGUCGUUUUAUUUUUAUUUUUCGUUUUUCUUUUCAGUUUUUAAUACGUCAGAAUUUUCCUUUUAAAAAAAAAAAAAGUUCAUCAUUGUAUUAAGGUGCUGGGUAUUGGAUUCUAAUUAUUAUUCUGGCUGUUGCUGUUAUAUUAU